GAGUAUUCCAAUCGCUACCCCUUUGGUUCCUUUCAUCUUCUUCUUCCUCAUCUUUCCUCAUAUUUUCUAACAUUUUCUUCUUCACACAAACACACACAGAUCUCUUCAACCAUCACAUUACUUCUGGUGUUAUCCUUACAUAUCUUUCUUCAAUCUUCUCCAUGAGGAAAGGGAGAGGCUCUUCCGUCGUUGGACCCGCCCUUCUUCCUGUUGGAUCUGUCAAGGAGCCGAGGUAUAGAGGCGUUAGGAAGAGACCUUGGGGUAGAUUCGCCGCCGAGAUCCGUGAUCCAUUAAAAAAAUCUCGUGUCUGGCUCGGUACUUUCGAUUCCGCCGAGGAAGCCGCACGCGCUUACGAUGCCGCCGCUCGCAACCUCCGUGGUCCAAAGGCCAAAACCAAUUUCCCGAUCGACUGCUCUCCUUCUUCUCCUCUCCAACCUAUUAACUACCACCACCAGAACCAGAAUCAGAAUCGGAAUCAGAAUCUAUGCUCUGCUGCUGCCGCCGCGGCGAAUCAGAACCAGAUCGAUCCGUUUAUGGACCAUCGGUUAUACGGCGGAGGUAAUUUCCAGGACCAGCAGCAGCAGCAGCAGAUGAUCAGCCGGCCGGCGAGUAGCAGCAUGAGCAGCACCGUCAAAUCUUGUAGCGGACCGAGACCGAUGGCGGAGGCGGCGGCUUCUUCGUCGGUGGCGAAACCGUUGCACGCGAUUAAGAAGAGGUAUCCGAGGACUCCACCGGUGGCUCCGGAGGAUUGUCACAGCGACUGCGAUUCGUCUUCGUCUGUUAUCGACGACGGUGACGAUAUCGCAUCUUCGUCUUCCCGCCGGAAACCGCCGUUUCAGUUUGAUCUUAAUUUCCCGCCGUUGGAUGGCGUUGACUUAUUCGCUGGCGCCACGGAUGAUCUUCACUGUACCGAUCUACGUCUUUGAUUUUUAUUAUUAUCGGUAACACAAAUACAAAAAACAACAAGAUCCGUUGAUUUACUUACAUACAACCGAAAACAAAAAAAAACAAAUUAUGCUCUGUUUUUUUUUUUCCUUUUUUCAUUUUCCUUUGAUCUCGUAUUGAAAGAAAAUAAAAAGAAGAAGGGAAAAUAAUUGAAAAAAAAAAAAAAAAAAAAAAAGAUUGAGCGUGAUGAUUUUUAUCAUCAACGAGGAUGAUGAUGAUUAUUGAAAAAAAGAGAGAGAUUGAUUGUGAUAAGAUCUGUUUACUGUAAGAACAAGAUCUGGGGUUUCAUUGUUAUCUGUUUCUUAUAAAAAAGAUCCAACCCUUUUGUUACAUGUAACAACAUUCUGAAGCUGAUUUCAAUUUUUUUAGAUUUCUACUUCUUCAUAGAGAUCUGUGUGAGUAGGAGGAAGCUGCAUUUUAGACAAUUAUAUGUGACAGGACCACACAGACGGCACAAAAUAUUUGUUUGUCUUUUGUCUCUUUGGUUUGAUCUUUGGUAAAUUCAGGGUUUCUUUUGUUCAACAAGUAGAGCUUUUUAUUGCUGCUUCUUGUGACUGCCGAGUUUGGCUCUGACAUGGAAGCAAGUAAGAGCGUGGAGCUACUUUGCUGUCUAGUUGGGUGAUUCGAAGAAGGAAGUUGGAAUACUUGAUUGUCAUUGUUAACACUGGAGUUUUCGUUCAUCUGUUUAUAGAGGCUCUCCCUUUCGUGUAAGCCAAUCGAUAUUUGGAUUUUGUUGAUACAAUGGGCGGUGAGUGAUUUGGGUGAUCGAUAAAGCUCAAUGACCAAAUAUCAAAACUUUAGGUUAAAGUUCGGUGGCUGAGAUGAUUGUUUUGAUCUUUAAGAGCUGUUGGUUGGGUGGAAGAAUUCGUUGUGUGUUUGACCAUUUUGAUUUGUAUUUUUUUGUUUUGGUAGAGAGAGUUGUCCCAAAUUUGGUAUCUACUUUGCUUCUCUGCCACGGAUUCAGACAGUGAAUCUUUGUGUCUGAAGCAAAACCGAGCUUUUUUUACCGUUUUGAGGUAGGCUUUGAAGGUGAAGUGGAAAGUCAAAAGCAAUGUCUUGUUCUUUACUGUAAAUAUUUUAUGACCAAACUGAUCUCAAGUAGCUUUGCCUUUUCGGUUCGAAUUCCAGUUUGAGA